AUGAAUACUAUUGAACCCCGGUUUGAACAACUCGAUGUUACUCUUCGAGCAGCACUUGGAGCUCAGCCAUAUCUGGAGCAGUGGCUCGAUCAGGUUGAAUUUGAAGACCAGGAACCCACUGAGGGAGCCCAGAUUUUGUCCACCUCCACGUGCGACGGUGCCGUGACUGACUUGCUGGAUUUGCGAGACAGGGCAGCAGGCGAGGGUGACUUUAGUCCGCAAAAAUCCCUACUUCCCUUAAGGCGAACACGCAAGUCGCGAGCCGUGUUUGAUGACACAGCCGUUGAACACAUGACUCAUCACUUCAAACGAAAUCCCAAGCCACGAGGUGAAGAACUUACUCGAUUAGCGGAGUCCAUCGGUCAUCAACGUGAAAGCGUGAGAAUUUGGUUUUCGAACCGCCGCUACCAACUCGGUCUCGCUUCAAAACGGUGA